AUGCCGCGGGAGAAGAAGGUUCACGCGCCCGACUGGGAGCUUCUCGCGUACCGCGACAAGGACGAGACCACCUGCCCUGUCGUGUGCGGCUUUGACGAUAGGAGGAGCUGUGAUGGAUGGGUCCGCAUCGGCGACUGUGAGCUGAUGCACGGCUGCAGCGGCUGCUACACGAUUGUCAUCUAUUUCUCGAUGCUCUUGCUCGCCCCGGCCAUCCUCAUCGCGCUGCUCGUCGGUUACACGGAGGAGAACGGCUCCGACACACAAUGGAAGCGAUACCCGAAUCGA